GGAAGGGCUUACGUGCCUGAAGCCGGGUCUCCGGCUGCUAGGAUGGCGAGUCAGCGAGUGUUCCCACUUUCCUGUGUGGUGCAGCAGUAUGCCUGGGGGAAGAUGGGCUCCAACAGCGAGGUGGCAUGCUUGCUGGCUAGCAGUGACCCACUGGCCCAGAUCUCAGAGGACAAGCCUUAUGCAGAGCUGUGGAUGGGGACACACCCCCGGGGAGAUGCCAGGAUCCUUGACAACCGUAUUUCCCAGAAGACCUUAGGCCAGUGGAUUGCUGACAACCAGGACUGCUUAGGCCCAAAGGUCAAAGACACCUUUAACGGCAAGCUGCCCUUUCUCUUCAAAGUGCUCUCGGUGGAAACAGCCCUGUCUAUCCAGGCACACCCGAACAAGGAGCUGGCAGAGAAGCUGCACCUCCAGGCUCCACAGCACUACCCUGAUGCCAACCACAAGCCAGAAAUGGCCAUUGCCCUCACUCCCUUCCAGGGCUUAUGUGGUUUCCGGCCAGUGGAGGAGAUUGUGACCUUCCUGAAGAAGGUACCUGAGUUCCAGUCCCUGAUUGGAGAGGAUGCCACAGCACAGCUGAAGCAGAGCAUGAGCGGGGAUCCUGGGGCUGUGGCCUCCGCUCUGAGGAACUGCUUCUCCCAUCUGAUGAAGAGUAAGAAGAAGGUGGUGGUCGAGCAACUUAACCUGUUGGUGAAACGGAUCUCCCAGCAAGUAUCUGCAGGAAACAGCAUGGACGACAUUUGUGGGAAGCUCUUGCUCCAGCUACACCAACAGUACCCAGGUGAUAUUGGAUGCUUCGCCAUUUACUUCCUGAACCUGCUCACCUUAAAGCCGGGGGAAGCCAUGUUUCUGGAGGCCAACGUGCCCCAUGCCUACCUGAAGGGAGACUGUGUGGAAUGCAUGGCAUGUUCAGACAAUACUGUGCGUGCUGGCCUGACACCCAAAUUCAUUGAUGUGCCAACUCUGUGUGAAAUGCUCAACUACACACCUAGCCCAAGCAAGGACAGGCUGUUUACCCCAACACGGAGUCAAGAUGACCCCUAUCUCUCUAUCUAUGACCCUCCUGUACCAGACUUCACUGUUAUGAAGAUGGAGGUCCCUGGCUCUGUCACUGAAUACAAGGUCUUGGCACUAGACUCUGCCAGCAUUCUUCUGAUGGUCCAAGGGACAGUGACAGCUACCACACCCACAGUUCAAGCAGAAAUCCCUUUGCAGCGUGGUGGAGUGCUCUUCAUUGGGGCUAAUGAGAGUGUCUCACUGAAGCUUACUGUACCCAAGGAUCUGCUGAUGUUCCGGGCCUGUUGUGUGCUGUAGAGAUCAGUCUUCUGCCCUCUCUGCCUGUCGCCUAUAUCCUGGCCAGCUCCACCUUUCAGGUCCAGCCCAAUCCCUGUCCCUGUUGUGCACACUUUGGUGCAUGCUGGGAUAGUAGAGUAGUGAGCUUGGCAUUACUGACUCCAGAGCAUGCCUAGGUUGGAGCAUCUUCAGGAUGAGGGGUGUGUGUGAAGACGGAGGCCUGACACUCCACUGUACUCUCUCAACACUCCGUGCUACCUCUGUGUCCAUUCAAGGAGGCAACAACUGCCCCAGCCAAGGCAUCAGGCUGACAAAACAUGCACGACCCAGCAUCAGGUCAGCAUGAGUGACAGGCCCAGUGAUGUCUAAGAGCAGGGUUCUUGCCCUGGGACUGCCUGCUCACUCAGCUGCAGAGAAGGGAAGGGAAGGGAAGGGCAGGGCAGGGCAGGCCAGUGGGCUAACGAAGCUUACUCCCUAUAGCUCUGUCAAAGUAAUUAAAGAUGAUUUGUAUUGAGGGUACAGAUUAAAGAGCAGUCAGACUUUGGUAUUCCUGCCCCUGAUGUGGGCAGAAAGA